UAAUAAAGAAAUCCCCUCUAACUUUACUUGUUUUUACUGAAAAUGGCAGAGCACGCUGAGCAUUCAGAGUACAAAGAAGAAGAGUCGUUGAUCGAGAAAAUAGAAGACAAGAUUCACUUCGACCAUUCCUCGUUCUCGUCGUCGGAUUCCGACACCGAGAAGAAACCUGCGUCUGCGCCGGAGGCAGCGUCUCCGUCGUCAGUAAAGGCCACGAUUUGGCGGCUGUUUGGACGAGAAAAGCCGGUACACCAAGUGUUUGGUGGAGGCAAACCUGCUGAUGUAUUCUUGUGGAGAAACAAGAAGAUAUCUGCUAGUGUACUUGGUGGAGCCACUGCAAUAUGGGUUCUUUUUGAAUUGCUCGAGUACCACCUGCUUGGUCUAGUCUGUCACCUUUUGAUCUUCACCCUUGCUAUCUUAUUCUUGUGGUCUAAUGCCACAACCUUUAUUAACAAGAAACGUCCACAUAUCCCAGAAUUUCACCUUCUAGAGGAGCCGAUCCUUGAGAUUGCUUCUGCUCUGAGGAUUGAAAUUAACCAUAUUCUCCACGUGUUGCGAGAAAUUGCAUCUGGGAGAGAUCUUAAAAAGUUCCUUGCUGUAAAUUGCUCAGUCAUUGCCGGUUUAUGGGUCCUGUCCAUGCUUGGCAAUUGCUGCAACUUUUUGACACUGUUCUACAUAUCAUUUGUACUCCUCCAUACAGUUCCGGUUCUUUACGAGAAGUACGAAGAUAAAGUGGAUCCAUUAGCUGAGAAAGCCGUGCAGGAGAUCAAGAAACAAUAUGCUGUCUUUGAUGACAGGGUUUUGAGUAAAAUUCCCAAAGGGCCAUUAAAAGAUAAAAAGAAAGCGUAAAUGUGGCGAGCUACUAGUCUGGUAGCGAUAUUCCAGUUAUCACAAGUUUUCAGAAUUUACUGUAAUAUUUCUUGUGCUUACAUAGGCCUUUAGGCAUCUUACUUGUCUGCUUUUGUAACUUUAUUGCCUUUUGGGGUCUGUACUUUGCAAUCUUGAUAGCCGUCAGAAUUAGUUUAUGGGUUUUGUGUGCUUGCAUCUUUAGCUGCCGUUAUUCAAACAUGUUAAGGUACGUGUUUUGUUGAA